AUGUCGUCUCAACCCGCUCACCCCACCUUGCUCAUCCCGGGCCCCAUUGAAUUUGAUGAUGCUGUCCUUCAGUCCAUGUCUCAUUAUGCCGAGAGUCAUGUUGCGCCCGGUUUCGUAAAGGUCUUUGGAGAGACAUUGUCCAUGACCCGGAAGCUCUUCCAGUCUACAAACCCUGCGGCUCAGCCCUUCGUCAUCUCCGGCAGUGGCACCCUGGGUUGGGAUAUCGUUGCUUCUAAUCUUGUCGAGAAGGGCGAGAAUGCUCUUGUCCUACACUCCGGCUACUUUGCCGACUCGUUCGCGAACUGCCUGGAGACUUACGGAGCCAAUGCUACACAACUCAAAGCACCCAUUGGAGAGCGUCCAUCAUUCGAGGCGAUUGAGCAGGCUUUGAAGGAGAAGCCGUACAAGGUCAUCACAAUCACUCACGUCGACACCUCCACUGGAGUCCUGAGCGACAUCAAGACAGUGGCAGAGAUCGUUCGCCGUGUCAGCCCUCAGACCCUGGUGGUUGUGGACGGCGUGUGCAGUGUUGGCUGCGAGGAAAUCGCCUUUGAUGAGUGGGGUCUGGACGUGGUCCUAACCGCCAGCCAGAAGGCCAUCGGCUGCCCUCCCGGUCUUAGCAUUCUGAUGUUAUCCGGCCGGGCAAUCGAGACCUUCAGGACCCGCAAGACGCCUCCUUCCUCAUACUACUCCUCUAUGGCCAACUGGCUCCCCAUUAUGCAGAACUACGAGAACAACAAGCCCUCCUACUUCGCUACCCCAUCCACCCAACUCAUUCACGCCCUUCACACUACUCUCUCCCAAAUCACAUCCCGACCGAUGACAGAGCGCUUCGCCGUCCAUCGUCAGGCCUCUGACCGUGUCAAAGCCGCCGUCGCCGAACUCGGCCUGCAGCAGCUGGCCUCCAAGGUCGAGAACCAGGCUCACGCCAUGACUGCCAUCUGGCUGCCAGAUGGACUUGCCCCGCCAGACGUCCUUCCGGGACUGCUGAAGCGUGGCGUUAUCUUCGCCGCGGGCCUGCACAAGGAAGUUGCAACCAAGUACAUCCGCUUCGGACACAUGGGUGUUAGCAUCACAGACCCUGCUCGCGGUGACGUUGAGAAGGCCAUUGCAGCCCUUAAGGAAGCUAUUACCGACGCGAAGCAAGCCAAGGGUUUGUAA